AUCCAGUUCACAGUUCCAGAUAAUUUGUUUCUGUACUAGUCAGGCAGUGACAGUCUACACUCAACAGUCGGCUGCCGAUAGCCGUAGUGGCAGGUUGGUUGAGUGCGAAGAAUGGCUGACUGUUUUAACCAUAUGUUGUCUGUGUCGCUCGUCUUUUUGUUUUCGGUGACUUCCCUUUAUGGAUUUAAAGUUGACAGAUAUGGCUUACUGAUGCCCAACGUCAGGCCUAAUGUGCCGGAGCUAUAUCUUUGCACUCCAAUCAGAAUCAACUUCACUACUAACUACUACAUUGUGGGGUUUGAACCAAAUGCUACCAUGAACACAGCUCAUCACAUGCUGCUGUAUGGUUGCACAAAGCCUGGGAGUAACAAACCUGUAUGGAAUUGUGGAGAAAUGGCCUCUACUUCAGAGCAAGAAUCAUAUGAGACCGCAUCUGUCUGUGAAUCUGGAUCCACGAUUCUGUAUGCCUGGGCCAGAGAUGCUCCUAAGCUUGAGUUACCGCAGGAUGUGGGCUUCAAGGUCGGAGGGCGUUCACCCAUUCAAUACCUUGUGCUACAGGUGCACUAUGCUACCAUAGACAAGUUUAAAGAUGGCAGUACAGAUGAUUCUGGGGUAUUUCUGUACUACACGGAACGGCCACAGUCCAAACUGGCUGGAGUGUACUUGUUGGGCACAGCAGGCAUGAUACCACCUAUGACCACAGAACACAUGGAGACUGCCUGUGCCAUCUCGGAAAACAAAACCAUACACCCCUUCGCUUUCCGAACACACACUCAUUCCCUCGGUAAGGUCGUCUCAGGGUACCUGGUGACAACUGACAGCCGUGGCAGACAUCACUGGACACUGAUCGGCAAGAAGGACCCUCUGUUACCCCAGAUGUUCUACCCGGUAGCCAACCAGGUGUCUAUCUCAGAGGGUGACAUCCUUGCUGCUAGAUGUACAAUGGUCAGUGAACGAAGAACAGUCACCUACAUUGGUCAGACCAACAAAGACGAAAUGUGCAACUUUUACCUGAUGUACUACGUGGACGAGGGUGAACCAUUGGAGCAGAAAUACUGUUUCUCACGAGGACCUCCUCUCUUCUACUGGCAGAGUUUACUUAACAGCAUUCCCGACAAGGACGCGUCUACGCUCGACUAGAUCGGUAGAAAUUAUUAUUUAGUAACCGUAAAAGAUGAACUCUUCGAAUGCAAAAGGGAUAACAUAUCUGUUCAAGAAGCAAGUGGGACCCUCUCUAGUUCAGAAUUAGCCAAUUUUUUUCAGUCUGAACUCGGAGAGACGCAUCUCGUGUGUACGCGCCCACCACUGCUGGCUUUAACUGUAAACACAUUACUUGUGUAAUUUUACCUUUAUAUUACAGUGUGGGGAUUUCUUACUUAAAAUAUUUUAACAUCUGUAAAAGAAUGUGUGAUAAUUUCCAAAUUAAUAUGCAUGGAGCAAAUGUCACUUAACCUUGAUCGAAUUGUGACACGUGAAGACAUCGGACAGAGUUGAGAUGGGCAUCUCUCAGCUGACAGAUUUUAUUACUUAAGUUAUUUUUAGCACUCUCUACUGAUGUGAUCAAAAUAUGACAUCACAAUAUCCAAUUUUAUUGUGAUAUAAAAACAUGAAUCAAAAUUGAUAUGCGUUCUCGUUGGAUUAUAAAGUACUGUUUUUCAAUGAGAAUACAUAUCAAAAUAAAACAAUGCUUUACAGUAAUAUCAAGUACAAUGCAAAAUGGUAGAACAAUUAAUCACUGUUUGAUAUGAGCCAAACAAUUACCUUUAAAUGUGUACAUAAAUAUACGGAGCAUGACAAGAGGAACAUAAUAUAAUCUUUAUUUAUUAGAGCUAAUAUAAUGGCUAUCUAAAGUACAUGAUCACUUCUCACUGGAAAUAUCAAGAUAUACAAAUUUUUUAUUUUUUUCACUAAUAUGAAUUUUUGUAUUCAAAUAGUAGACACACAAGAAUGGAAAUCAAUAACAACACACAAUCAAAUCACUGGUGGUUAUUCAGACUGAACGGUAUUUCCAGUUCUCAAUUCUGUUGACUGUUGUACAGUUCUCGUGGAGAUGACAAGGAACUUUCCUUCCGGUAACACAGUUUCACUUUUUUCACCACCACGUACAGUUAUAAUAAAUUAACUCCACAUAUAUAGCCCUAUAUUUUUAAUUACUCUCCUAUGUAAAUUUAUUUAUUUAUGCAUAACCUCAAUGGUUUAAGAGUGUUUUUCCAGAAUAAUAUGUAAAAGUUAACAGUAAAUUAACCCUAAACUUUUACACCUUAAUUAAAUUAGUACAGUAAGCAGCUAUUUUCCAUAAUUAUGUUGUUCUUAUUGUUUCCAGGUCAUUCAACUGAAUAUUUUU